AAAGAGGAGAGUCAAGCUGAAGUGGACGAGAAACAUCAGAUUGUAAAAAUAAACCAUAAUGUUUCACUGAAAGAAACUCUGAAGACAGAAGACAUAAAGUGUGAAAAUAGUUUCAGUGAAGAUGAACGCUCUGCAGAUCACAAGAGGACUCACAGUGAGGAAAACCUUUCACAUGUCAACAGUGUGGAAAGAGUUUCACCUCUCAAUCGAACCCGGCACAAGAAAGCUCAUGGUGGGGAAAAGCCACACGCGUGCCAGCAUUGUGACAAGAGGUUCCCAUAUACAAGUCAACUUAAGAUACACUUAACAGUUCACACUGGAGAGAAACCUUACACUUGUCAUCUGUGUGGAAAGAGUUUCAGAAUUAAAAGCAACCUUACAAGACACAUGAAAAUUCACAUGGAAGAGAAAAGUCACGCUUGUCUUCAGUGUGGAAAGAGUUUCAUAGAUAAAAGUGGACUUGAUAUUCACAUGAGGAUUCACACUGGAGAGAAACCAUUUACAUGCCAUGAGUGUAAAAAAAGUUUUAACAUUAAAAGCAACCUUACAACACACAUGAAAAUUCACAUGGAAGAGAAACCUCACUCUUGUCCUCAGUGUGAAAAAAGUUUCAGAGAUAAAAGUGGACUUGAGAUUCACACAAGAAUCCACACUGGAGAGAAACCUUACAUAUGUCUUCAGUGUGGAAAGAGUUUUAACUUUAAAAGCAACCUUACAAAACACAUGAAGAUUCACACUGGAGAGAGACCUCACGUAUGUCUUCAGUGUGGAAAGAGUUUCAGAAGAAAACUUCACAUUGAAGAACACAUGAGGAUUCACACUGGAGAGAAACCUUACACAUGCACUCAGUGUGGAAAGAGUUUUACAAGUGAAGGGAUUCUUAAGAAACACAUGACAAUUCACACCGUAGAGAAACCGUUCACAUGUCAUGAGUGUAAAAAAAGUUUUAACUUUAAAAGCAACCUUACAAAACACAUGAAGAUUCACAUAGGAGAGAAACCUCACGCAUGUCUUCAGUGUGGAAAGAGUUUCAGAGAUAAACGUGGACUUGAGACUCACAGAAGAAUUCACACUGGAGAGAAACCUUACAUAUGUCUUCAGUGUGGAAAGAGUUUUACAAGUGAAGACACUCUUAAGAAACACAUGACAAUUCACACGGGAGAGAAAUCGUUUAAAUGUCAUGAGUGUAAAAAAAGUUUCAGAUUUAAGCACAACCUUACAGCACACAUGAAAAUUCACACUGAAGAGAAACCUCACGCAUGUCUUCAGUGUGGAAAGAGUUUCGUAGAUAAACGUGGACUUGAGACUCACACAAGAAUUCACACUGGAGAGAAACCUUACAUAUGUUUUCAAUGUGAAAAGAGAUUCACAAGUGAAGGGAGUCUUAAGAGACACACAAGAAUUCACACUGGAGAGAAACCUACCAUCUGUGUGGAAAGAGUUUCAGAAUUAAAAGCGACCUUACAAAACACAUGAAAAUUCACAUGGAAGAGAAACCUCAGAUAAAGACAAAGCCAAUCAUAAAGCAAUGUGAGACGGGACUCAUUGCAGAAAACGAGAUCUGUUAACCAUUUGUGUACAAUAGACUGCAUUACCUUUACAUAACACGGUGGUAAAAGAUUUGAAUCUCAUUGAAAUGAUU